AUGCACAUCUCAGUGCCAGUGACGCAGCCCGAACGACCACAGACUAAACCUCCACCCGUGAAUAGCCACGAAAUCGGCAAUACCAUGAACCAACUUUCCAACUGCGGAAUCAGGUCAAAUUUAGGAAAAGCUUCUGUUCUUGGUUCAAAAAACGUUCUCAGUGACGCUGCUGCUUCAGCUGGACCUACGAGCGUUGGUGUAAAGACUACAAUUAAAUCUACGUUUGGUGCUGUGCAUGCGUCACAGAAUGUACGUCCCGUGGCAUCGGUUGCAAGAAUCAACCGUUUUAGUACCACAUUAUCGCCUAGCUUUCAGAAUACUCAGGGAACUCAAGUUCAUCCGCCAAAGCCCUUAACUUUAUCUCGCGCAAGUACUUCUCCAUUCCCUUCGGCAAACUCAAACAGCGCUGAGGAAUCCUCGGAUAGUAAACGACCUGUUCGUACCCUACUCUGCGGAAAGAACAAACGAGCGGCCUACAAUCCUCGACCAUGGCAAGAAGACAUAGAUGCUGAGGACGGGUCGCCAACCAAAGCGCCAAAAAUGGCCAUCACUUCUUGGCCUGAAUCAUCAGCUAGUCGCACUUCAUCACAGUUGAAUACCAGCACCCGGUCCAGUUCUUUCAAACCUACAAAUCCACAUUCCUCCGGCUUAUGCGAUCGUCCUAGCUGGACGCGUUCAAGUUCAUCCGCCACUGACUCUUUACCACGUUCCGGCGUUGCAAAAAGUUUCGACUUUCCCGAUAGCGACAGCGAUUUAGAUGAGGCCGAAGAUGUGCUCCGGCGUCCCCAACAGAUAAGCAUUACAUCCACAGUCAAUGUUUCCCGAAUGCCCAAACUUUCUCGAUUGAUAGGGACUCCGUCACCAGAAUUGUCCAGUCUCAGUAACACUUCCCGACCAACCUCAAGCUGUAUAGAUCCCCAAUCAACAAAUGUGAUGAGUGUUGAUAGCCGCGUCUCGGGCGUCGAACCCUCCGAAGAUGAACAUGAGAAUGAAAUAAAUGUGGAGGAGGAGGAUGAAGAUAAUGACGAGGAUGAAGAGGAAGACGAUGUGAAGCCCUGGUUCCGACCCGCCAGUCGUGAUGCUGUAGAACAGAGAAAAAAACCCCAGACCAAUACCGAGUUGGCUAGCAAUCGUGUCAACCGAACUCAAAAGCCUUUGUACACCGUGGUACAGAAGGUCAAAGAAGCGCAUGUCUGCCAGGAACGCGGUGAAACCCAACACUUGUUGGACGAUGUGGAGUACUUGGUUGAUGGCCUUGCCGAUCACAAUCAAACAAACACUCGUGCUUUGAGUGUACUCACACUUGCGAACAAAUGUCUGGCCGCCUCGUUUCGCUAUAUGGUAAAUGCCCAUGGCCUAAUCAAACGCAUUUGCACCAACCUCCAUGAUGCUCACAAAGACUAUACGCUCGCUUUGACUUCAGCCGGGUUAUUCUUCAUCCUGUCUCGCGAUCGUGAUCCCAACGUGUUUGAUGCAGAAUCAUUGGCCGUUGUACUCAAAAUUCUCUCUGCUCCAGACUCAAUGGUCUCUUCUUCAAACGGUAUCAACUCAUGUUUGUCCCGCACCAACAAAGAAGCGGAACGCGUUCGUGCUCGAGUGCGUCAACUACUUGAUGGAUUGCAACAGCAACAAAACAGUACUCGCCAAUCCAGCGCUACGCUACCAAGUGCAGGAAACAGUGUUAUCGUGAACCCUAACAUCGGUUCAACUAAUGACAGUAACGCUGCCGAUCUUGUACUGGAGUCUAUAUUGAAUCUCGGGACCCGAAAAGCCGCAGAUUGGUUCAAAGCUGAACUACGUCACGGUGGCGGAUUGGAUCGAGUGGCUGACGCUGCAGCGGAUGCUGUCGAUUAUCUUGCCGAUUUGGAUCCGGAUCAGGAGGAUGGCCGAGGUCGCCGAUGUCCAAAGUCUGUAUGGCGUUCAUACACGAACCCCACGGGAUUGGACAGUUUUGCUCUUGAUAAACUGCGUCGUGUCUGUCAUUAUACCAAACUGUUGGAAAACAUGACCUAUAUGAACUCUGACAAUCAAACCUACUUGGUUCGGUAUCGUGAUCGAUUACUGGUUAAUCGAUUGCUACGUUGUGUACGUCUAUGUGCUUCGCACCUUCCGAAACAACCCUUAUCAAUACCCCCACCUGCGUCUACUUCGUCCUCGACUGCAUCAGCUAACACUGGGUGCACAGAGAAAACCUCUUUGGUCAAGACGGGAAUCGGCAGCACCAGUGGUAUAUCGUCGCAACCAAACGAUCAGUCUAUUCUGGUGGACUGUAUUCUAGGCAUAUUUCGAUUCCUCGUCAAUGUAUCUCAUAACGGAGGCAUGAAUGUUCGACUGGCCAAACGGGAAGUUGAGGGAGACCCUAUCUUUUUGAAGGCCAGCGUGAAGGUGUUUAAAGCUCUGGAAAAUGAAGCAUAA